AUGGAAACAGAACAAUUGUGGCCAUAUUUUUUGAAUACAUUGACAAAUCAUGAUCAAUUCAUUGUGCAUCAGACAAGUCGUAUCACCGCCAAAUUAGCGUGUUGGAGUCAUGAACAUAUGCUCGUACCGGAUCUUGAAUAUUAUUUGGCAUGGUUAAAAGAACAAUUAAAACCACAAGUGAACAGUCAUUCUACCGUUCACCGAUGUAGUGUGUGA